CCCACGAAGUACUCGCCUGUCCUCAAUCUUCAACUUUAACAAUAAAGUGAUCUCCACAAGACCACGUGGCUCUCUAUAUAAGCGAGUGGCAAACACAGCAGAAACCAGCGAAUUGUUCAUUUCUUAUCCGAGAAUACCUCUCACUCUAUUACACUCCAUUUUUUGCUUAGCUUAAUUUAUCAAGAACACCUAUAUAUUUGCGCUAAAUUGCGCCGAGGGGUACACUGCGCACCCCAAUCUCCAUCUUCUCCCUCUCUACCUCACAUCACAGUAGUCUUUGUCUCUCUGGCUUUCACUUUCACUUACUCGUAGGCUUUAAACUUCUAUAAUAAUAACCCAAACAUUUUCAAAAAACACACUUACACUAACACUAACACUUCUCCCCCCAUAACCACAACUACUUAAGCUCAAAACCUAGGGUUUUCAAUUUUCAUUCCACUCGUCUCGUGUUAAUAAAGUUCACAUUAAUCAUUAAACACGAAUGUAUAUAAUUGUGAAUUGUUGAAAUGGAUCCACCUAUUAUUAAUGAGGCAUCAUUUUCGGCGGCCAACCCGAGUUCUUACAGCUUAGCUGAGAUUUGGCCGUUUUCCACCGCGGCAAAUGGUGGCGGCAACGGCGACCUAGGUGGAGGAGGCCUGGGUCUCAGAAUGAGCAGCUUUACGGGUUUAUUAGAGGCGGCUGCUAACUCGGUUAACGAAUCUACUGUGACGGAGCAAAGCGGAAGAAGCGGCGGCGGCGGCAGCACUGCUGCUGUCAGGAAGAGGGAUAUGAAUUCAGAGGAUGACUCUUCUAAGCUUGUUUCUACUAGUGAUGCUAAUGAUUUGGAUGGUUCAGUCGCCAAACGCCAGAAAGCAUCAGAAUCUAAAGAAGAAAAUGGCGGCUCAAAGGUAGAAGCAGAAUCCNCAACACCUACAAGCUUCCAGAAGCUCUUGGCUCUAUCCUGA